AUGAGAUACACACUCCUUGCUCUCGCGCUGGUUUCUGCGACCCUGGCCUUGCCCACCGACCUCUCGAGCCAGAAAUCUGCCGCCGUGGCUCAAACCAACUUUGAACCAGAUAGUUCUGGCUCGUUCCCUUACCAGCGUGACGUCCAGAUUGCCCAGGAGGCUACUGUGAAAGACUUUGAUGGACCUUUUGGUCCGGGCCUUCCAAAUGGCGUUGCCUUUAGAAGAGAUCUGACUGGUACCAAGCCAUUUGUCAAGCGUGACAACCAGGAUGCCUAG